AUGAAUUCGUGAGAAUCAUGUGAGCAUCCGGUGUGAGGAUGUCAUUUUUGUACUUGCGUGUUUCUUGUGUAAUACGUUCAUGAGAACUCUUUUACGAGGGACUACAGUAGAAAUCAGUGUAAAGUGUUUGAUACUUGAAUUCUUCAAGAUUCUUGCGGUUGCACACUUUUCGCGCAUGGACGUCGCGUUUAUCUGGCAGUAAAACCGGAAACGUGGGUUCAACUACGACGAUAUGCCUGUUCAUUGUUCGCGAUGUAAACGUAGAAACGAAGUGGUGUGCUAUAAACAAAGGCAUCUUUGAAAGGUGUCAUCGGCUCGAGCAGAGACGUGUAAUCGACUGUGUUUUACGCGUACAUAUUUUGUUCAUCAAAGUGCAAAUAUCUUUCAUAUAGGAAAGCGACGGAAGACCGUGGAGUGUCGCGGGAGUUGUUCCCAUUCGUGAUGUAACUUUGAAGUGAUAAAUGUACAUACAUAUGCGUACCGUCUAUGGUGGAAUAAUGAAAAGUGAACAUUUUAAAAAGAUGAACAAAAAAGCUUCGGUAUACUCGCAUCAGAACGAUUAAUAAACCUUUGUGUAAAUAUUAUUCAUUUGUUAGAUUAUUAAAACGCAUGUGUCUUGAAUCGAGUUUCUCUCGAGAAUCUUCGUGAAACACUUCUAACUGGUUACCCAGUGAGAAAGCGUUACUACUAUGUUGUAACGUGAUAGAACAAUAAAAACGCUGAAUAUUGACAAAUGAUGAUAGUGCUUCUGUUGUGCGUCAUCAUGAAAAUAGCAGAGUUCUCUGUGGGUCGUAUGAGUCCACCAUUCCAAGCGCCUGCACGACCGCCACAUCUCUACUAUGGCAAACCGAGGAAGGAACGAAAGUAUUACCGAGGACUUAAUGAAAAAUGCAAUUGCCUAUUUUAUAAUCGUGCAGGCAAAGGGGCUGCAAUGAUGGAAGAUCCACAAACACCAGGAUCUGAUUGUAACUCCAAUCCUGCAACAGAUUCUAUUCAACAUGAUUUAAUUAGCUCUGAAUUUGUGCAGGACAAUGUGGAAUAUCAAUGGUUCAUUGAUUAUGGCUACAGGGAUGGAGGGCUUCAUGUUCAUCCAAGUGUAUUAUCCUCGCUCUCUGCUUCAUAUUCUCGAGAAGAUCUGGGCUAUUAUGAUGACCUUGCCCGUAAUCUGGAUGCUAAUUUGGCAGAAAUUGAUAUGGAAAGCUUUCGUACAGCAGAUAUCCAUACUCUGCUUACAGCAUUGCCUGUCAUGUGCACAGAUCCAGUUCAGCAUUCAGAGUUUAACUAUCAAAGGGAACGAUAUGCCAGUAUAUCUGGAUCUGUUAUGGAAAAACUUGACAUCGGUUCAUCAAUCAGUCCUCAUACCAGCAGCCAGGGAGAAGAUUCCGCCUGUUCAACAACAGAUACAAUUUCCAUAUGCAAAUCAUCAUUACUCUUCUCUCCUUUGAAAGAGACACCCAUACUACCACCAGGGGGUAGUUAUAGCGUCGACUCUCUGGACUGUGAGGAUAUGCUACUAACAUGCCAGACAAAUAAUAAAGAGAAUUAUACUAUUGCUUUUGAGGGUAGUAUUACAAUGUAUUCAGAUGGUUCACAAGAUUUUGAUAAUCAAGAAAAACAGCAAAAAGCUUAUGAAACUGUAGAACCAUAUUACAAUAGAAAUGCAGAUUUAAAAAAUGUAUUAGACUUAUCAAUGGCAUGUUCAGAUUCUAAAAUAUAUACAACAUGGAGCAAUUUGAAACAUUCUUCUAUGAAUAAAAUUAUAACCCGUCAUCCAUCAGGCAAUAAUAAUACAAUACCAGAAUUUUCACAUGGUGUGGAGAAUAUCAUAUCUGUAACAAACAAGAGAAGUCAAAGUUUGCCAGAUCUUACUCAGGCUACACAAUUCCAUCUCAAUAUGCCUCUCAAUUUUUCUGUUGAUUCUGCAGAAUCAAAUAAUCACGUACAACAACUACAUAGUUCAGGAUCUGUAAUGAGUCGGUCUAUAAAUGAAGAAAGUUCUGAUAAUGGGGAACAUAAUUCAACAGGGAAGAAAUUGCAAAAUUUAAGCCUUGUAAAAUUAUUUAUGAAACAAAAAAGUAUGAGUGCUGAAGGAAUGAGUCUUACAUUGGAUCAAUCAGACUCUGCUAGUGAUAAUGGAUGGCCUACAAACAAUAGUGCUAGUGAUAGUGGUACUAAUACAAAUACGCAAAUACAACGGCAAAAUAUAAAUAAUAUCCCGAAACGUCAAGUUCCAGAAAGUGAUUUUUCUAUUAAUUGGGUUAAAAGUGAUCAACAUAACAAUCAAGAAACGGAAAAUCAGAAAGACAGCUUUAACGACAUUCCAAAAUAUACAUCAACUAUAAGUGAACAAAAAGAUGAAAUGAUAUCAUCUGCAUCUAUAGAAGAGCUAUCAGAGAACAUGUCUAAAUCAGAUCUAACACACAAUAAUGAUGCUGACCAAAAUGACACUGAUGUCAUUCCUAACGUUUUCGAACAUCAGCGAAAAACUGCAUGGGUCAAAUCAUUAGAAAAGAAAUAUCCAAUUUGCAAAACGACAGGUAUUCAAGCAAUAGCUGAGACAGAGGAUAAUUCGGUCCAAACAUCACUAGUAUAUAUACCACCUGUAAACGAAAAAGAAAAUCCAUCUUUACGAGAAACGAUUGUUAAUAAAAAGCCAGUUUAUGUUGUAUAUCCGAAUUACGCUUUACCAGACUUAUCGUUUCUCAAUAUUAAAGAUACAAAGUUGGGUUGUGUAACUUUAAAACCGCAAUGUUUUGGAAAAAAUAGAGUUAGCUGGAAACAUACUGGUAGAUCUGGUAGACCAUUCUCAUGUAAUGAUAUAGACACAUUACGUCAACGUGGAUUUUCACAUGUUAAAGACUGGGAGUCGUUAACAUUCCUUUUGCCUACUGAGUACAAGAAAAUUUUGCACGAUGUACCAGAAGUUUCGAGGCAUAUCAAUAUUCAUGAAGAAACGAAGAAGCCUCUAUUUUGUUUAUCCCCUCCAAUGCGUCAUAAAACUCGUACUAUAAGCGAAAUCAUACCAAAUAAUUCAUCCUCUACUAGUAGUACCGCGACACAACCAUCCUCCGGAUAUCGAGGAUCUUCUACAAUAUUAACUGAUUCUUCAACAAAUCAACAAACGUUAAAUAAUGCAACUAAUCCAUUGUAUCUUUACCGUUAUGAUAGUAUUAGUUCUGAGGCCAGUUUAGUAAGUAAUGAUAAAAAGAUUCAUAGGCAAAUUAAUAAGACAAAAACAGCCUGUCCAUCUUUUCCAAAACGAUCGAUUUCUUUACCACAUGGAGAUCGUGAAUCCGAAUUUUCUAGCGGUAAAGUGCCACCAAGACCACCUUUACCCAGAAGUAUUUUAAGGAAAAGUAAGGUUCCUGCAAAUAAGAGAUAUAGCAUGUUCGAAAUGGGAGAUGUAGAAGAAAUAGAGGAUCAAUCACCUGAAACAAAUAAAAGAAUGUCUUUACAAGAACCAUAUUAUAUAAAUAAUGAUUUACAAUUAGCAUGUCGUGGUCGAGUCGCUGAUCCAGAAAAAGAUGUCGAUGAGACGGAAGAAAGAUAUCAUACAGAAAGAGUAAAUGAAAUAGCUAAUACCGGAGACUUAGAGACUGAAAAUUCUGAAAAUAGCGAAGACGACGUAAAACAAUUGGAAGAAUUUCUGAAGCGCAGCGGUUUCUCGUCACAGAGUAGUGAUGGAGAUACUGAAGAUCCCGAUGUUAAAUUAAGAUCGUAUGUAAGAAAGUUUUUAGCUCUCAGGAUGAAUAAAGAUGUUACCAAAGCUACUGAUAUGAUAGAAUCACAGAAAAAGACUGUCAGUUUUGCCGUAAACCAAAGGAAAAAGUAUUUAGACAAUAAGGGUAACUUAAACGUUACUACAAAUGAACAAAGUAAAGAUAUUGUAUUCACAGAUGAAAGAAGAGCAAUGAGUCCAGAUAAUAAAUUGGAUUUAGAUGAAAAGAGAAAAAUGAUAUUAUCCGUAAAUAAAGCGGUAGAUUUGUUACUGAAAUAUUGGAACACUGAAUCAAUCCAUAGUAGACAAAAUUACAAUGACAAAAAUGAAUGUGCUCAAAUCUGUGUUAGCAACUUAUGUCCAGCUUUGUAUGCCAUCAUGUCAGAUGGAUUGAAAUCACAUUUAAAUUCAACAUUUGGACCAAUAACAAAUAGUGUUUGGCAAGUGGUUGAAGCAUCUUCUCAACAAGGUCCAGUUACUAAAACAUUGAAUGAAUUAGUGCAAAAAAUUAAUGGUGAAGAUGUUAUUACUGAAGGAAUGCUAAAGUUUCAUGCAUUUGUAUUUGGUUUAUUAAAUUUAAGAGCUUUGGACGCAUGGUUUGCAUAUUUAUGUACAAGGGAAUCCAUCUUAAGGAAACAUUAUAAUAAUAACAGCUUAUUUGUAGCAGCUUUGGCCAAUGCAAAUGCACGAGAAGUUGUGGAUGCUCUCUUACAUAUUUUAAAUCCUCUUGCGUUUUGCCCAUUUCAGCUUGACCUUUUAUAUCAAUAUCGUCAACUUCAUAAUAGUUUCGGCAGUUUAAAUAAUCAUACAAUAAACGCUGUAAACUUUAGAAAUGUCGACCUUACUGCAAACGAACAUCAUUUUGAUAAAACGGAUACAUGUGCAAUGGUUUCUAGUCCCAGAAAAGUACGCCCACGAUCGUGCGUUGCUUAUACAAACUACGACGACAAGCCUGGUGGUAUACAUAAGUCAGAUAUGGAAACUGUCAAAAAACGCUUAAGUAAUCCUAUAGGUUCGAAAAUAUUUCGUGCUCUCGAUAAACUGGCUUCCGAAGAUUCCGAAGAUUAUACUGAUAGUUUAGAACAUUCACCAUUGAAUAGAGCAUCGAAUAGACAAACUAUAUCUAGAAAAUCUCAUAGUCCAGAAAAUAAAAUAGAUGAUGAAGACAAUAUAUCCGGAGAAGAGAAAUUUAGGAAACUCCAAGAAAAAUGGGAAUUAAUGGUUGGAAAAGAAGAUUCAAAGAUUCAACCACCGAUAUCAUCACCCUUGUCACCCACAAGAACGCCUACCAGUGUAGGAAAAUCUAAAAUACCUAGGCUUCUUACUUCUCCGGUAAAACAAUCGAAUACAACAACAGGACCUGUUAAAAGCACAAAAUCUCCCAUUUCGGGAAUUCCAUCGUUGAAAAAACCGGUCAUGUUAUCAACGACGAAAACUACUCCAAAAAAGCCAGUAGAAGUAAGGAAUAAAGAUGUAACAAAGCGUACUAGUAGAGUGGAUCAGGAAAUUAUAGGAGCAACAAGAACUCAUUUAACACGACCUAGUUCACUACCGUACAAGUCUUAUGGGGUAAUGUCUAAGGAUAAACAUUUAGUAUCUCCUCAAAGACGAGCAGCGUCUACGUCUUUACCACGACCAACUACUACUAGUACCACAAGAAACCAUCCUACAAAAAAGCCACUUAAAGAGGUUCGCACACUCACGCAUAGAAUGCCAUCAGAUAAUGGGCAUCUUGCAUUUGCGGAAGGAGAGAAACUGAAAGUAAUUCUAGAGGUAGAUAGUAAGUGGUUGUUAUGUGCCAGAGGUGAUCGAAAAGGUCUGGUUCCGCGGAUGUGUGUGUAUAACAUUCAGACUUAGCCCCAAUAAAUAUCAGUAAACAGAGAAAUAAUUUAAGUGGAACAAAGAUAUAAGACUUUAAUGUUAUGAAGAUAUUCGAUGAAAUGAAGAAGAAAUGUGUACAGUGUAUUAAAGGAGAGGCAUAGAAUUGUUUUUAAAUUAUGAUAUAGUAAUUGUUAUUACUCAUAAUUGUUUGAAGCUUCAUUUAUAUCAAAUUGCAAUAGUAUUAUCUCAGUCAUACUGUCAUUGAUGAGAAAAUAGGUAUCACUAGUCAUAGGCUUUCAAACCAGAUUAUAUUUAAUUAAUUGAACAUACACCUAUUUAUAACCAGAAUGUACAUAUAUACAGUAAAAUAUGAUAAUAAUGAUGAUAAAGACGAUAAUGACAUAUAAUAACUUACAAUAAUUAUGAAUGUAACUGUGAUCAUAGUGUAUAGGUAAGUUUAUUAAUGCGACUGUGCGAUAACGUUGAAUUUUAUUUUUAAUCUUCUAACUUAUAUUUUAGUCUUAUCUAUUCCGUACAUCGCACGAUUAACAGAUAUCUCGUUUAGUUUUAUCUGGUGUAUAAAUUAUUACAUCGCGUGCUUGUGGUUCGCAACAAUCACAUUUUUUUACUUGCUUCAUGUAUUCUUUAGUGUGCUGAAGCAUACAAUGUAAUCAAAUAAAAUCUAAAAUUGUAAUUGUA